GUGCUUGUGGUUGAUUAGUUGAUGCAAUGUUACCAAUAUCCAUAAAAUAAGCAGAAAAGUUUCACCUAACGUUUCGAUCGGAUGUGGGUUGCUUAAAUUUAACUAUAAUAAAUAUUCGAUAUUUAUGUUUUGUGAUUUGUAAUACCGAAAUAUACACAUUCUUCUAUUUGUGAAAUCGUUUUGCAAAAUAUGUAAAUAAAACUCAAACACUUAAAUAGUUUAACAAGAAAGAGUUGAAACACAGUGCAUGCCAUAAAAAUGUGUAUUUGAUAGUCUAAUAGAAAAAUAAUCAUUUAAAGUCAUGGUGUCAAUUUUAAAAUAUACAUGUUACGUUACGAACGUUGGCCGAUUGGCUAUCAUCAUCACAUUAUUUUUCGGCAUAAAAACAUUACAUCCUAAUAUUCUACCGAGGGUAUAUGCAAGUAGCGCUUCAACCCGGUCAAUAACAGGAAAUGGAAAUACUAAUCCACGAUUACCACGUACAAGUGCUAGUCAACUUAAUAGUACCCCAAUAAAUUUGAAGUUAGCUACAAAAUCAUUAAACGCAUCAAGAAAUGGGCAAUUGCGGGCAAGAGAACAACAUCUACUUAACAUUUUUGAAAUCAUCGUGGCUACACUAGAAGGAAAACUCAAGAGGAUAGAUAAUCUUGAUAAGAACAUGGAUCUUAUGACACAGCGAAUAGAGGGUCUGGAAACUUUAUUAACAAGCAAUAUCGUCAAAACCGAUUUUAUUACAUCCAAAUUACUAAAUUUGGAGUCACUUAUAUCUCAUAAAAAGCAUGCAGCAGAGGAAUCAAAAUUAAAUAUUAUUAAUGCAGCUAAUAAUUCCCCACAAAGUUUCUUGAAUGCUACAAUAAAGGAGAAAAUUGAAAAUUUAGACGAAAAGGUCACAAAUAUUGAUAAUAAGCUUGAAGUUCUAAAAUCCCAGCUAGAUAAUAACUACUUGCAAAUUGAAGACAUUAACGGAGAGGCUAGUGAAAAAAAUUCCGUUACAAUGAAUGGAAUUGAUAUUUUAAAAAGUCUUAGCUCUGAAAAAAUGGCUCAUGUAUCUUCAGAGUUAAGUGAUCUUCGAGACACAACUGACGCAAUCGAUAGAAAAUUACAAUUUCACAUAAACAUAGUUUCUGAAAAUAUAGGAACAAUCAUGCGAAUGAUGCAUGAUAUUUAUAUUUCAGUAGUCGAUGAAGUUAAAAUUCAUAAUGUUUCAAAAUCAACAGUGGAGUCUACAAAGUCCAACAGAUUUGUUGAUUUAUUAAAAAAAAAUGGACCCGAAAAAAUUGAGUGGGAUGUUGUCGCUGAUUCAAAACCUUCAGAAAAUGAUUUUCUUUCUAAAACCGAAGCUUAUUUGAGUCAAACUCAGCGACAAGAACGUGCAAUAGGAGAAAUACAUCCUGAUCUUAAAACAAAAGCCAACUUAAUUGUAAAUAACUUUGAUAUGGGCGAAAAGCAUUUACAAGAACAAGAAAAAGAUUUGCAACCUUUUAUGAAGCUUCAAGUUCCGUUAGAGCUUCCUCUGGACACAACUUCAGACCAUUUACUGGAUUUUAGCCCAACCAACUUUUCUGUUAAAGAUGAAAAUUUGUUGGAAACUAAUUUGAAACUUUCUAAACCAGCGCAAAAUACAUUAUAUACAAAUGUAUCUAAUACAGAAGAAAAGAGCAAUCAUGGAAAUAUGCCGAGUGAAACCACAUACUCCUUACCAAUAUCUUCCAAACCAAUUAUUCGAAAGGGAGGAAUUAUAUUUCCCAGUAUUAAAAAUAAGCCAGCAAUUUUAAAUAGUUCAUUAAACACUGAAACUUUGACCUUAAAGGAUAUCAGAGGAUUUUCCUGCGUAGAUUUAAUGAACGCUGGUAUGAGACAAUCCGGAGUGUUUUAUCUACAAAUUCGUGGAACAACAUAUUGGUUCCUAAAAGUGUACUGCGAGCAGGAAAUAUCCGAAGGAGGCUGGACGGUUAUACAACGCCGAAAUGACUUUGGAGAGCCUCGGGAAAAUUUUAAUAGAGAUUGGGCCGAUUACAAAAAUGGAUUUGGAGAACCAGCUAAGGAGUUUUGGUUAGGUAACGAAAAUAUUUAUAUGCUUACCAACAACGAAGACUACACUUUGCGUAUAGAGCUGGAGGAUUUUGAUGGAAAUAAAAAGUAUGCUCAAUACUCACAUUUCAAAAUACAUUCUGAAGCAGAUUAUUAUAAACUAGAAAUAGAUGGCUAUGAAGGCAACGCAGGCGACUCCCUGAACGACCCGUGGUAUGGAUCAAACAAUAGUCCAUUUUCCACUUAUAAUAAAGAUAAUGAUCGAAGUUCCCUGAAUUGCGCCAGUAUGUUGAAGGGUGGCUGGUGGUGGAAGUCAUGCGGUCGUGGAUUAAAUGGACUGUAUCUGCACGACCCUCAAGAUUUAACUGCUCGACAAGGAAUUGUGUGGUUUCGUUGGAGGGGAUGGGACUACACACUGAAAAAAUCCACUAUGAUGAUUCGCCCUAAGACACCGAACCCGCAGUUAACAUCGUUCAUUUAAAAACAACAACAAGAGAUUAAAUAUCAUAUAGAGAAUAUUACAUAUUUAACUACUUCACAAUUUUAAGAAUAAGGUUCCAUUACUGCGUUCAUUUUUGUAUAUAAUUUAGCUUAAACAUGCAUACGAUUUUAGCAUACGAUUAAACUUUGUUAAGUUUUAUUAUUUUGAAAAACAAAAUUUUUUUUCAUGCUUACAAAACAAAAUAUAUUUUUGUGGUCACCAUAAAAAAAUAAUUGAGUGAAAAAAUUUUAACAUAAUUCAUGAGCGUUUAGUAUUGCACAACAAUAAAAUAUUUUUAACUUUGUGGCCUAAAUAAAU